UUUGCUUUGAGAAUCUCUUCUUCAUUCACGCACGCUGGAGGAAGCCUGACAUGUUGUUCAUCGCUUUCUUUUUCGCAUUUUAUUUGAUUUUUUUCCCCCCUUCGCUGCAGCCUUAGAUUGCAUUCAGGUGCAUGCGAUCCCGCUGCGGAGUCAUGCGCACGUCCGAAUGAGCAGCCUUUGUUAUUGUCUCAACCGCAAUCCGAACAGUGUGUCUGGUGAUAAAUGCUGAUGUUCCGGGGUGCGUUGUAGCGGGGUUGGCGGAGGUGGAGGUGGAGGUGUCGGUGCGGAGCUCGAGGCGCUGCUGUCGGGAGCCUAAACAUCGCGAUGCUUCGAAGGUUGCAAGAAUCUUCUUCUUUUUUUUUUUUUUCUUGUUCUAUUCUUCGGCGAGCACGCCAGUCCGCGGCAGAGAGGACGAGCGGCGCUCAGCGGGAUGCGCUGCUUCUCUAACGGCUUUUAUUUAUCCGUGACGAGAUCCACUCAUCCAGACGCGAUGGUUCUGACCGCGCUGACCCACUUUAGUUGCAAGGUGAAUGUUGAUGACACCGUUGAAAUGUUACCAAAAUCCAGAAGAGCUCUCACCAUUCAGGAGAUCGCUGCGUUGGCGCGGUCUUCGCUGCACGGUAUUUCCCAGGUAGUGAAGGACCAUGUGACGAAGCCCACAGCCAUGGCCCAGGGCCGGGUGGCCCACCUGAUAGAGUGGAAAGGCUGGUGUAAGCCCACGGACACCCCAGCGGCUCCGGAAUCGGACCUAAACUCCUACUCGGACCUCACCGAGGGAGAGCAGGAGGCCCGCUUCGCCGCCGGUGUGGCAGAGCAGUUCGCCAUCGCGGAGGCAAAGCUGAGGGCCUGGUCGUCUGUGGACGGAGACGAGUCCAACGAUGACUCGUACGACGAGGACUUCAUGUCCGCUAACGAGCCCGCCACACAGAGCACAGAUGUGUCUUCGUAUCCGCCCUACCUGAAGGACCUCAUCCACAGCCAGCUGUGCCAACACCUGGGCCUGCGAGGGCCCUUCGGCGAGGGCGGGGGCAGCGGGGAGCCCUCCCCCACGGCGGGCUCCCCGGACACCUUGGGCUCCAGCCUCUGCAGCCUGGACGAGCACCACCCGCUCCUGCGCGACCUUGGCGGCCCCCACCGCGGGAACCACUCCUGCAGCAACGUCGCCGAGCUCGCCGCCAAGAUCCUGGCGGCGCUGCAGGGAGGGGAGGAGCUACUGCUGGCCCGGCUUCAGCGGGUGGCGCAGAGCGGGUGCGGAGGAGGGGGAGGGGGGGACUUCAACGGCCUGGGCGGGGGAGGUCGGGGCAUCCGGCCCUGCGGGGGUCAGGACUCUCCCUGCUACUCCGUGUCCUACUCUGACACGUACCUGUCCCCCGGCGAGGACGACGACACCCCCUGCAAGGACUAUGAGAGCACCGCGUGCCAGGCGGAGCCCGAGGGGCCCGGGGCGGAGUUCCCGCCCGCCUUCGACCCGCGCCGGAGGGUCUCCGACGUGGCGUCCUCCUCUGGGGUCGUGUCUCUGGAUGAGGAGGAAGAGGAGGAGGAGGAGGAGAGGGCAGGAGAGCCCAACAACAGUGUUUAACCCCUACCAGCUUUUUUUUUUUCAUUUUUGUUGCAACAAAUCUCCCCUCCCAUCCAUGGCGUCUGGAAAGUGUGAACUGCGCAUGCUGCCCCCCCCCCACCUGCCCCCUCCCUGACUGAAACAUAAAUCAUCCGUCUCUGCCUUACUUGCAGCAUUUCGACUCCUCCCUCCUCGACUCCAUUUCCUUUGAAGGCGUCCAAACAAUCUUUUUCAUCCGUGUGAGAACCGGACCGCGGUCCAGUGACUGUCCUCAUGGGGGGUGGGUGGGGGGGACGACACGCGUCCUCCGUCUCCUGUCCUCACGUCCGAAGACGGGCAGACAGGACUAAUCGUUGCAUGUGUGAUGCCGACAUGGACGGGCUGAGACGGUCCUGAGCACGGUUUGCAAUCUCAGCUGUUCUGUAACCCCCCCCCCAUCCCCAGACCCCCCCCGCCUCCCCCAUGGGAGGGAGGGUUGACACUGCGUCCUGGGGUUUGCCCUCCCCUCCCUCCCCUCCCUCCCCUCCCCCUCCUUUGCAAGAGACUACAUAGCAUCCUUCUGGGCAUGGCUUGCUGAGAAUGCCAAACUAUCUAAUCCUGUCACUACCAAUUAUGAGCAAAUGCUGGAAUGUCUUCAAAGUGGCAGGACGUAUAGUAGGUAUUUUAAAAAUGACGACGUUUAUAAAAGGUACAGAUUUGUCACAAAUGAUAUAACAGAAAUGAUAUGCUUUUAUCGUACUAGUUUUCUAUCACUCAAACAUGCAUUAUUCCAGACAUCAUUAGGAUGGACAUCCGACCCUCAUGAACUUAAACAGCUAUUGGAUAUUUCGACGUGGAUUCGUCCAUCCCGGGCCGAGGGUCCCGAGGGUCCCCGAGGGUCCCGAGGGUCCCGAGGGUCCCCGAGGUCGCGGCGGGCGGUCGGCGGCGCCGGUGGAGGAGACG